AUGGAUAGGAUCAGUUUAUUACCGGAUUCUAUCCUUUGCGACAUUCUCUCAUACCUUCCAACAAAACAAGCUCUGACCACCAGUAUCCUCUCUCCUCAGCGCAAUGCAGAUUAUCCCAUUGAAAGGUUCCGCCUCACUUGUUAUCAAAUUUCAGAGAGUCUCAUAUUAUUAACAUGGCUUAAUGCCGUCAUUGGUCCCCAUCUUCAAGAUCUGCAUCUCAACAUUGAUCUAAUGUUUGGAAUUAAUUUGCCUGAAGCUAUACUCACUUGUCCAUCACUGAAAUCCCUUGCUUUGAAACUUAAUAGGGUUAAAGUCAUUAGUGGCCUCAGAGUUUUUGCUUCUUCAGUUCUCUAG